AUGGCUCUUUUACAGAAGACAGUAGAGCUACUUGAUUUAGAGCAACUCACAGUUACAGAGCCAUAUGAUUCCGAACCAAUCCCUAAUGCUGCCAGUUCUCGUUCUCUGACGGUCAUAGAUGAAAGGCGUCGCCCUUGGACGUUCGGUUACAGGGUUACCAGAAGAGGAAGGGUCUUGUCUGGUCCCCAUUGGCAGAACUUCAUUAGAGACAAUAAUGUUCGAGUUGGUGACACGGUAUCCAUUGAGAGGAAUGAUGGGCAUGGCUAUCCAGCAGAAUACACACGCAUAUAUAUCCAAUAUACAUUGAGACUCAUUGCUUUAUUAUUCAUCUACCCAUGGGGUAAAUGGGCUGCUGAGAUCCGUGACCCAAGGAAAGGGGUUACGGUCUGGCUAGGCACUUUCGAUACUGCUGAAGCAGCUGCGAGAGCUUAUGAUGCUGAGGCACGGAGAAUUCGUGAUAAGAAAGCUAAGAUUUAA